UUUACUUAGAUCACCUGGAAAGGAGAGAAGUAGUAGAAGACUUCAGAUGGAACUUAAUAGCACCGAUGGCGAACGUGACUUCCUGAUGUCAGAGGAAGAAGAUUCUAUUUCAUGCGUUAAAAGAUCUCUAAAAAGAAAACUGGUGAAACACAGCACUCCAGUGGACUCAGUGUUCUCAGGAAAAACACCAUCUCUUUCAGGUCCAAUCAAUUGGUCAAUCAAUGACCAAGAUCUCAGUAAGAGAGCUUAUGUAUCCCCAGUGCCAAAAUCAGCUCUAGGAAAAUCAGUAGCUCAACUAUCAUUGGCAAGUGUUGAAGCAUACUUCCCUCAUAUGUCUCCAAAAAGGUAUUCAGUAGUAUUUGACUUGCAAGAUUCCAGUGGAGAGAGAAGCCAUAGUUCUCGAGCUGUGUAUUCUAGAAGACGACUUUCCACAGUAUUGGCAUCUGAUGAAUCAAUUGAAGAGACAAGUGAAAAGGUUGCCUCAAGUGCAGGAACUCAAACUCCCACAAAAGCAUCUGAGAAGUUAGCAGGAACUCCCAAGAGUGGAUCUUCAUGGAUGGUUUCUGGAAUACCAGGAAUAAAAGAUCCUCCAGUGUUGAAAAAGAAGAAAACUGAUAAAGCUAUUGUGAGAAAGAAACAAAGAGAAUGGGUGCUUCGCCAACUGAAAAACAUUGAGGAAGCAACUAAACAUGAAUUAACAAUUGAAGAAGUUUGAUCAAACUAUUUUUGGAAGUAAUGAUGUUUCGUGCUUAUUUUGUGAAUAGCAGAUUCCAAUAAAGUGCACAUCUGACUAAA